AUGCUGGGAGCCGUGCUCCAAGAUAAGAUUUUAAGCGAAGCCAGUCGCGAACAGUUUAAAAAUGUCGCAGCGGAAAUUGACCGCUUACAACUCGAAUACCAACCAAAAAGCGAAGGAAACAGUUGGCGAAUAUUCUUUAAAAAUGAACUCUGCCCCAAUUAUAUCAGCGGUCAACGGCAAGCCCGUUAUCAAAUCCAAGUCGGGAAAAUUUACCAGUUCACCACCACAGAGGGAAAACAUACCCAAAUAAUCACCGUCAAGGAAAUUAUCAGCAAAAAUACGUCAGAAAAUAACCGCGUAAUAGAAAAUAAAGGAGACAGAAAAAGUGAACAAAAACCAAAAGGAAUUAUCAAAGAAAACCGACCAAAUAACCAAGACGAAGUCCCUGCCGUGCUGAAAUGCUGA